ACACGCACGCAUGCACAUACACACACGCACAUAUACACACACACGCACGCAUGCACAUACACUCACAAGCAUGCACAUAUACACACACACACUCACGCACGCAUGCACAUAUACACACACACACACACACACACACACACACACAAGCAUGCACAUAUACACACACACUCACGCACGCAUGCACAUAUACACACACACACUCACGCAUGCAUGCACAUACACACACAAGCAUGCACAUACACACACACUCACACACACACGCAUGCACAUACACACAGGAGCAUAAAGGCUUUUGUCCAAACCUUAUAUAUCAGUCAGUUUGAUACACCUGCUCAAAGCACACACUGUUCUCUAUUAUUUAAGAAUACUAAUACUAAUAAUGUUUGAGUGAGUAAUAACAGCAUAAUAAUACAACUAUUUUCAUAUAUAUAUAUUUAUAUCCCAGGGUGACCUCAGGUCAACUGUGUGUGUGUCUCUCUCUCUCCCUCCCUCCCCUGUGAUCCUGGCAUCAUGUAACGUUAGGUAGAAGAGGAAUAAUGGUCUUUUCCUGGUUUGAACUCAUGUCCUCAGCUCCAGUGAAGGGAAAUGUUGAUGCUACAGAUUUAAAACCAUUCUGACGUUCAGGUGUCACGUACAUUUGGCCUUAUCGUGUAUUCCUGAAUAUAAAUCGAGUUUUUACUUAAAAUUAAAUUCUUUCCUCAAACAAAUAGUUUUUCACGUAGUAUUUAGAGGAGCGGUGAGGAGCUCGGUUUAUUUAACUAAAGCCCCCUGGGUGAAGAUCCUCAUGAAGUUGGGUGAGGAGAUGUCGAGAGCGUGCAAAGCUUCUUCUGGAUGCUGUUAAGAAUUGAAACUAUAAAAUGGUUUGGAUUUGUUUAAGGCUGUUUGUGGUCACUGAGUAAAUCUGUAGGUGUUAUUUCUUUAAGCCGGUGUAUUCGAACUGAAUGUUAAUAUGGUGUAAAUAUAUUACUGGUUAAAGUUUGGACACGUGCGUCUGUGAAUGUGUGUGGGGACGAAAUGUCGCAUGAGGCUUCUGCCCUUCUUCCUGUUAAAAUAGUCUGACGCUAUUUUACGUGGUCUAGCGAUACAGGCUGCAACCUUUUUUGCAGGAACAUCUUUUAGUUCUCACGUCAAGAGCUCAGCUCAGUAUAUAAACACACCCAACAGUGUGUGAAGUUCUUCCUGAAGAAGAGAUGAAGAUGCUGCACUGGUCUGUGAUUCUGCUCACGCUGUCCGGUGUUCUCACUCAGGACAGUGGAUGGGGUGUGAAAUAUACGGUUAAUCCGACCUGUGCUGUGAGAGGAUUCAGUGUCUCCAUUCCCUGUAGUUAUUAUUAUCCAACAUCAAAUCCCAAUAUUCAGGUGACACAAAUGCUUUGGUGCUCAAUGAACUCAAACACAGAUAAGUGUAUAAACCCCCCGUAUGUUUAUAACAGCGCAUCAAUCACCACAUCAGACUUUGAGUACGCUGGAGACAACAAAUCAAACUGCACUUUGUUAAUCCACAAUGUACAGUUCAGUUAUUCUGGAGAGUACAAAUUCAGAUUUAUAACUGAUAAUCCCAGUGACAGAUGGACAGGUGAUCCUGGAGUGAUUCUACAAGUUGCAGAUUUAAAGGUGUCACUAAUCAGGCUCAGUGGAAACGGAACCCUUAAACAAGGAGACUCGUUAAAUCUGACGUGUGAUGUGAACUGCACACAAAGUUCCUCACAGUUUGUGUGGUCUAAGAAUAACGAGCGCUUACCUGAAUCAGGACCCGUUCUUCACUUUCCUGCUGUAACCGUGAGGGAUUCUGGGAGUUACACCUGCACUUGGAAAACCAGCAUGACGUCAGGAUCUGAAACGAUCAGCCUUCUCGUCGAGGAUCCUGGUCAUUGGUCAGUCUGGAUCAUUGUUUUAGUGACAGCUGGAGUGAUUUUCAUGGUCUUAGCUGUCCCAGCUGUGAUUUACAUCAGGAGGAGGAAAUUGAAAGCUCCGGAAGAAAACGGGGGGGAAAGUGGAGAGAAAACCCAGACAAAGCCACAGUUAAACCAAGUUGCUCAAGUUCCUGAUGAAGAAAAGUGGAACAAAGAGGACGUGACUUACGCGUGUGUCCAAAACAAAGCUACAAACAAAAGGUCAGAGGUCACAGCGCAGCUAAACCGAGUUCCUCGGCCUGAUGAAGAAGCGUUAGAUAAAGGAGACGUGAUUUAUUCGUCUGUGUCCGUCAACCCCAACAAACCAACCCAACAGUGUGUCCAGACUGAGCAGAAGGAGGAGGACGAUUGUGUGAUCUACAGCGUUGUGAAAAGGGCCUGAUGACGCUUUCACACCUCAUUCA